CAAGAAUGGAACAACCAAUCUUAUCAAAAUAUUUACAAAAAUAUAUAGUUGAUAUUAUAGUAUCAAAUGUAAAUAAAGAAAACAAACAAUUAUCAGAUAUAGGUGAAUCUGUCUAUCAAUUACAAAAUGAUUUUAAAGAUUUAGAGAAAGUUUGUUGGUAUUGGUUUGAAUUGGUUAGUAAUGGAUUAAAUACUAUAUCAUAUGAACAAUUAAAUAAUAAAGAGAAUAGUGGUAAUGAAGAUAGUAAAUAUUCAAUCAUUAAAAAAGAAAAUAUCAAAUACCUUUAUUUAAAAAGAGAUUUAUUAUGUAAAAAGAUUGAUGAAGAUGAAGAUGAAGAUGAUGGUGAUAAUGAUGAAGAAGGUAACGAAGAUCCUUUUUUAAAAUCAGUGAUAUUGGGAAUUAAAAAUUCAAUUUCAAAAUAUCCAAAUUUAAAAAGAAUAAUUAUAAACACAAAAACAAAUCAUUUUUAUAAAAUUUUAAAUGGUUUAAAAAAAGGAAACUUUGAUAAUAUUGGAUCACAAACAAUAUCAAAAAUAACAACAGAAACAGAAACUAAAACACAACCACCAUCACCAAAACAAAUUAAAAUUUCAACUCCUAUUUUUGAUUAUUCAAAAAUAGUUUUAUUAAAUAGUAAUAUAAUUGUUGAUAAAGUUAUUUCUUUAAAUGUUUUUCUUGAAACACCUCAAGCUGGGGAAGCUCAAUCGGUAAAAUUAUUACCAUUUUUACAAAAUUUGAAACAAGUAAAAUAUUUUUUUUCUUAUGGUAAAUUAUUUCAAUUAUUAUUAAAGCAAAUUUAUAAUAAUCCAACUACAAAUAAACAAGAAG